AACAAAGCAGCAGCGGGAGAGGUCCCUGGGCAUUUCCUGGUGUCCACAGUUCCUGGGAGAAGGGUUGAGAAAGGUGCCGCAGGAAAGGACCAUCCAACUCCAGGAGAUUUCACUGAACAACCUCUAAAGACCUUGAUGCAAACUCCCAGGUUACUCCUCCGGGAGGGAAGAGAAGUUGGAGCCCUGCAGAUGCCACGUGAGACAGGCUUUGAGGCAGAAAAGCGAAUCACCCAGAGUCUUCCCUCUGUCGGUCUCAGGGAGGCUGCCAUGGGGUUGGACACCGUCGCGAGCCUGUGGAGCGGCACCAGCAGGCACACCCCCCCGGGGUCUUCACGCUGCGGCUGGGUGCCAUGGCGGUUGGAGCCGGGACCCUGUGGCGGGACGACUUGGCCCUGCAACGCCAGCGCGGAGAGCUGCCGCCGCCCCUGCUUCGACGCCGCCUUCCCCAUCUCGCCCUGCAGCUGGCUGCAGCCCAAGCCCCGGGGCAAGCAGCAGCGGCUCUGGCUGCUCUUGGGAAGUCUCUUGGCCAAGGCUGUCCUAGAAGGCGUCUUCCUGGUGACGUUCCAGAUGCUUUACAGCCACUUCCCCGCGCUAGUGCAAUGCCCUCCCUCUGCCUGCCCGCCAGCCGUGACCUGUGCCUUUCUGAAUGCCAGGGAGAAGGACGUCUUCAACCACUUCAUGGCCGGCUCCUCCUGGGCUUGUCUCCUGCUCCGUCUGCUGGGGAUGCAGCACGCCGCUGUUCAGAUCUUCCAGGAGGCUUCUGGAAAAGCUCCGCGAAAAAGCACAGCCAGGAAACCAUGCAUGUAACUGGCCAGGUGUCACGGUGACUCCUCUGGGUCACCAGCAGGGGUUGAGCCCGUGACUUUCAGUCCUAACAAGGAGGAGCCACUAUUGCUUGAGCUAAAGGAGUAACUCCUCCAGCUGAUAGCACCAGUAGGCUAUUAUCCAGCCGCUAGCAGGGGACAAAAGCACACUCUGUGUGAGGGUGAGUUGCAUAAUCACCCCAGAGGGAAAACAAGGAUGGUGGUGGAGGGGGUGUAUAUAGGAGUAAGGGUCACGGGUUUUGUCAUUGCACCAUCGAUCUCACACAAGAGUGACAAUUUAAGCGACUCUGAAAUGAUCCCCAACAGAAGAUCAGACCCUUACGUAACAAAGGAUGGCAGCUCUUUGGGACAAAGACUGUUUCUUUGUGCUGUUUAUAUAGCACCUAGCAUGAUGGGGCCUGGCGCCAUAUCGAGGGCCCCUGGGUGCUACCAUGAUACAGAUAAUAGGGUGACAUUUAGAUGGGGGAAUUUAAGCCGGAUAACUGGAAACAUUUGCUAAAGGGCAGAGCUGAUUGUGUGGAAUAAUCUCCCAAAGGGAGCUGAGAAAGGGCUCGUGGUUAAAGACAUUUGGAGUUGGAGUAGACAAAGCUCUGUUUAUCUACUCACAUGGCCCACAUCAGCAGGCCUCCAUUAGCGUUUAUGCUCACCACCCCUCUACCGCGCAUGGAAAUAUUAGCCUCAUCUUACCCUGCACCUCCAUUCUGUAAGUGCAAUGAUUUGACCAAGAUCACCCAAGAAGUCUGUAGCAGAGCCAAGAAGGCCCAGGCCCACGCCUUAACCCCAAACCCAGCCUUCCUCCCUGGAGAGCCACCCUGCCCUGGCAGGAGCUGGAUGUGGAUGGCUUCUCCGGCUGCUACAUUUAAAAGCCAGGUGCGUUCGAAAGUGCAUUGAGAAAAGACAAUAGAGAAGAGCCGAAUGAACCUAAAAAGCUGCUAGGGAAUUCCAAGUUGUGCAUCCAAAUUCUAGCUGAGAGUCGUGCAUCUGAUUUAGACUCUUCAUCUCAGGAAGGGCUAAAAGCUCUGACCCCAACAGCCAAACCCACACUGCUGUUUCAGAGGAAGGAUUUUGCAAUGCAAAUCCCCUCUGAUCACUGGUCAAAGAGAAAGAGGCAGUAAGCAAAUUUCACAUGAUCUCCAGAAAUAUUGACUAAAUGGGAAUAAUCUCACAGCGACAUCUGCUGGCCAAAAAACAUUACCCGGCUGCAAGCCAGCCUGGCCUGCAAAUAUCCUUCUGGCUCUCAGGCGGGGUAGCCUGGAGGUCAUGCGGUUUUACAACAGCCUGGGCAAACAUCAGUCUUCCAGACAGUUCCUGGAGCCAUGGUAACGGCCACGUAGCAAUAUGUACGCUCAUGCCACCCAGAGGCAAUGCACCGGCCCGUGAUCUAUAGAGCGUAAAACACCUGGCCACACGGUUCUGCUGGAUGAAGCAGAAAAUGGUGUAAAGAGUAGCGGGCAAACACACCGGGCACAGAGAACUGCCCUUGCUCUUCGGGGAUCCCGCUGCACCACGCGCCAGCCACUUUGCUGUGCCAGCAGCGCCAUCCCCGGCAUCUCGUUAUCAUGCAGGAUGGCGCAGUGCAACUUCUUUCGCGCUGAUGCUCCUCGUGGGUUAAGAGAGCUGCAUUCUUUACUCAGACCAUUGCUGGGGUACCUGGAAAACAAACGGAUGCAACAGAUACAAGAGCUACAUCUUAGCAGUGAAUGCCUGUCCCCGGCCAUUCACAUGGAGAUUAGGUUUGGUGCACAAAGGACAUUCCGACGCCAGGCAACGCAGUUCUCUCGUUUCCAAAGCCAUCCAAGUCCUGGGUUAUUAUUUAAGCUCCUGGGCAGGCAGUCAUUCAGGGACAAGGGGAGGGUGCAAAGCCCCUUUUUGAAGCUAGGCUACUCCAAAGAGAACAAAGCCGGUAGAACAUGAAAAGGCUUUUUAGAACCAGCCACAAAGAUCCCCUUUUGAACCCCGCUGCUAACUGACCUGACGCCCCCAUCAUACGUUCCACCAGAUGCUAGCGCCAACAAAGAGCAAGUAAAUGGAUUGCAGCCAUGAUGUAUUCACUGCGGGCGCCGGGCCGGGCACCAAGGCUGCAGUAGUUGUUUUGGGGGGAGGUAAAUCUAGCAUUGGUGAAAGGUCCUAGAUUGGUAGAUCAAGGCCAAGCCGGAAACAGGUACAGCACAGAGAACAGCGAUACAAGCUUCCCACUAACACACGUGUCUGUAUCUUGUCAUAUUUAACCAUAGACUCCUUGGGGCAUGGGCCAGCUUUUUGUCCUAUGUCUGUACCGCACCUGGCACAAUGGGGUGCUGCUCCAGGAGUAAGGCUCCUAGGGGCUACAGUAAUACAAAUAAAUAAUCUCUUGGCCUGGCUGUAGAAAGACCAUCUUUUUGAGGGUGUCCAAGUCCCCCGACUUCUCUGCUGAAACUACAAUGAUGGUGAUAUUGUGGACGCAUGUCCAAUAGGAACUGGAACGAGACCCACCUGUAUUUUUCACACGGGCCAUCAAACAGCCAUCAGAGUAGUUACCAUUCUGGUUCCGGUUGACUUGAGCCGAAUUUGCUAUGUUCAUUACCAAGCCCCUGCAUGGGGAACCGAAUGGACAGCAAUUAAUGCGAGACCACUAUGUAGCACCUUUCAGCCCCAAAUGCUCCAGGCUAGUUUACAAAUCAACCUACCACUGGAGUGCAGGGACCUUUGGGGAGAAACAUGGCAGCCGUUAAACGUGGCUGGGAAAGUGGCAUUACCAGCCUCAGUUAUAGGGCUCAUAGAACAGUCAGAGCUUCAUCCUAGGCACACUAGAGUUAGAGGAGUUAUUCUCCCUACCGCCCAGGAUUCAUCCCAACCCCGUCUAGCUGUUGUGUGCGAGAGGUAUCCAAGCUUACUUAGCUUGCAAGAUUAUAAAAGUACAGGCCAAAGGGAGACCUCAGUAGUUUGAAGAAGAAAAGGAGCCAGGUUGCUCCAACCCCUGUGUUUUAAAACACGUUAUCAUGAUACGUAAUUAGAGGAAGCUCCCAAAACUCUGCAUUUCAGUCUGAGGGAACGGAAGGACACCAGCACUACCCAGUAGCUUGCAGAACAAGGAAAAGGGCUACCAUUUGUUUGGGUCAUUGACUGACGUUUCAUACACCUGCUGCCACACACAGAGGGGAAUCUGUUGAACCCACUUGGGAUUAGACCCUAGAACAAACAGCCAUGGCAAAUCACGUGGACUUCUGUUUGACCUUAAUAUUACUAGACAAGAGAAGGAAAAACUGAUGAGACUAGAGCUGUCAGGAGGACUGAAGAACCAGGGUCUGAAUACACAAGCCCUUUUAUAACCAUGCUUCUGCCAUCGGGAACCUUUAGUAAAAUCCUGUUUCCAUGGAGUAUCAAUUACUUUUCAAAAUUGUGCUACAGAAAGCAAUGCAGCUGUAGGGGAGCAUGCUUAGGACAUGGUAUUUUAGACAAGUCCCAUUAGGGUUUCAUUUAUUCAAUGUUGUUUUUCUUUCUGAUUUUACACACACCCAACACUGAAACCACUCUGAUUAGUUUCCAUACACGUGUUUGUUUUUAGUGGGAAAGGAUUCAGGACCUCUCAAGGGUACAGUUACUGAAAUCAGCAUGAGAUUUCCCAUGGCAGACCAUGUAAGGAAAAGAUGCGUUCACAUUUCUAGUCCAUCUUCAGUGUUGUUCUCUAGCAUUUACCCAGAGAUUAUGCCAGAUGAGAUUUUUCUGCACACUGGGAUGCAUCAUUGGCCUAAAGGGUUUAUUGUGAUAUAUUAAAUGUUUUUGGAUGUCA